GCGGGAUACGUUCACUGCGACGUGAAGCCCCACAACAUGCUGCUCGUCGGCCAAGACGCGAAGCUCGCGGAUUUCGGGAGCUGCUGCAAGACGAGCUUCCACGAAAAUAGUAGUUGUGAUGAUUUCAGGGGAACGGUUAUGUACGCGGCCCCAGAGUCGAUAGCCCAGCAGAAGUACGUGCCUGAGUCGGAUGUUUGGGCCUUGGGCUGCUCGGUUCUACACAUGCUCACCGGAAAACAACCAUGGACUUUCGACAGCAAGGCUCAGCCAAAGGAUGUUCUCUUCAAGAUUGGGUGCAGUGACCAGAUUCCCAAGAUUCCAACAAACAACAGAACAAUAUCCAAAGAGGCUAAAGAUUUUCUCACAAAGUGUUUGGUGAAAGAUCCGACGGCCAGGUGGAAACCCGAUAUGCUUCUCGACCAUCCCUUUGUCAAAAAAGCCGAUCCACCAACACAUGCCGGAAAAUACAGCCAUCAUCAUCAUCACCACCAUAGAUUGUCUCACGGUAUUCACUCUUUGGUGCCUCACUGUUUUCACCACCCGAAAGUGCAGGCCUGCUGA